CCAUAUCGCAUUGUGUAACGUAACGUCUCGCAAAUAAGUCAUAUGGCAAUAUGACAAACGCUCUAACCGACAACAACAAAAACAUUUAUUCAAAACUCGAUACGAAUGUGGCAUUUGAGUAUCACUGGAAAGUGUGGCGUUGGACGGGCAUCAAACCUCCGCAGGAUAUGAAUCCCCAAUUGUACAGGCUGUAUGCCAUAGUUUUGAACUUCUUGGCCACCGUACUAUUCCCACUCUCUCUCAUCGCCAAUGUUUUCUUUACCCAAAACCUUCAGCAGUUGUGUGAAAAUCUCACCAUUACCAUCAGUGACUGUCAGUCAAAUUUGAAGUUUAUCAACGUCUUUUUGGUGCGCCACCAAUUGGAUAGGAUCAAAAGUAUCCUUCGAAGAUUGGAUCGUCGCGUUCAAGACGAUAAAGAAUUUGCAGUUUUAAAAUCGGCAAUUGCUACGGCCAGAUCCUCGUUUUUAAUAUUUUUCCGUCUCUAUUCGUUCGGCACCACUCUGAGUGUCGUCAAGGUGGCCCUGGCCGAAAGUCGUUCUCUGCUAUUUCCCGCCUGGUUUGGGGUAAAUUGGGAUGGUAAUUUGUCCACCUAUGUCGUGGUGAUUGUUUAUCAGUUCUUUGGUUUGGCUGUACAGGCCUUGCAAAAUGUUGCCAACGACUCGUAUCCUCCGGCCUAUUUGGUUAUACUCUCGGCCCACAUGAGAGCCUUGGAAAUACGUGUUAAGGCUGUGGGCCAAUUUCGGCAAGAGGGCAUGCAACAGCCACUCACUUUGUCGGCAGAGGAGCAGGCGAAAUGUUUAAAGGAAUUUAAUGAGUGCAUCAAGGAUUAUUUGAAUAUUUUAAAACUGCAUUCUAUCAUCCAACGCAUAAUUUCGAAAGCCUGUUUGGCUCAAUUUGCCUGCUCCGCAUUGGUCCAAUGCACUGUGGGUCUGCACUUCAUGUAUGUGGUGGAUGCGGCCAAUUACGAGGCCCAAUUAAUGUCAAUCAUCUUUUUUGUGGCCGUGACUUUGGAAGCCUUCGUCAUUUGUUAUUUCGGCCACAUGAUGAGCUUGCAAAGUUCGAAUUUGACGUAUGCCUUCUACUCGUGCGGUUGGUUGGCUCAAUCACCGGAAUUCAAGAGAAAUCUCAUCAUCACUCUGAUGCGCACCCAGAGGACAUCAACGAUAAGAGCUGGCUCAUACAUCCCAGUGGAUUUGCCAACAUUUGUUGUGCUCAUGAAGUAUGCCUAUUCGGUUUUUACCCUACUGAUACGAUUCAAAUAAGCCGAAGCUGUGGGCAGGAUGGACAUUUGGAAAUAAAACCCUAAAACACUAUUUUUUCUCUAGUUUGCACCUCUAGUUGACUUGUUUACUACACCGUAGAAUGCACUGAAUUUAUUAAAAAAAUUACAUACAG